CGUCAUCAUGUGACACAUCUGUUGUUGUUAGCUAGCAGCUCCUUAGCAGGGAGGAAGAGAGCAGUGGAAACCUUGGGUUUUGCUCCUUUAGAAUAAUGUUUUUCGUAAAAAGGACUGCAUCAAUAUACUUUAGCGUUGUUUUUAUCCGACACUUUUGUUUCUAAACAAUAUGAAACUCCUGUGAAGUAGCAUUGAGCACCUGUCAUUUGAAUUUUGCUUUACGCUAAAGAUGAAUGCUCUGGUUGCUUUGUGUCACUUCUGCGAGCUCCAUGGCCCUCGUACACUUUUCUGUACCGAGGCAGUACACCCUCCAUCCCCAGACCUCUCAUCCCAGGCUGGGGUCCCUGUGCCAGGGGACAGGGACAGAGAUGGUGACCGGGAAGGUGAGGGACUGACCAUGAGAGCCAACAGCUCAGCUACACAGACAGGAGAGAUGUGUGAGGGUUGCCGGUCUCUUCCUGUGUCUCACCCGGGCUUUGUGAGCAUUGAUGAUGAAACAGGCAUCCGCUUCCUGAGCCAUCAGCACCCCAGGCAGUCACAGCUUUUCAGUGUCGUCCGCCAGGCUUGUGUGCGCAGUCUGAGCUGUGAGGUGUGUCCCGGGCGUGAAGGGCCUAUUUUUUUCGGGGAUGAGCAACAUGGGUUUGUGUUUUCACAUACAUUUUUUAUCAAAGACAGCCUGGCAAGAGGGUUUCAGCGUUGGUACAGUAUUGUUAUGGUAGCUAUGGACAGGAUCUACCUCAUCAACUCCUGGCCUUUCUUGUUACGGCACCUCAAGCUUACCAUACAGAGCCUGCAAAGCACAGCCCUAAAGGUGUUUGACAGCGAACAAGGUGUGUUUCCCCAGAGAGCUAUGAGGAUGAACAGUGUGUUUUCACCGGCGGUUUUACCACACCAGCGGAAUGGAAAUGCUGCCCGCUCUCUAACUUCCCUUACCCAACACCCAAACCUGUGGGCCAGCCUGCACUCCUCCUUCAGCUGGUUGCUGAAGGCUUCCGGUAGUCGUCUGACAGAGAAGCUUCUCGAAGGAGCCCCCACAGAGGACACCCUCGUGCUCAUAGAGAGACAAACAGAACAAGAAGAGGAAAUGAGCUGCUGGGAGGGAGCAGAAGGAGGCGGAUCAAAGCACCACCAAACAGAGAGCAGCCUUAGCCACGACUUUCUGUGCGACCAUUUAAAUGACUUACCUGGCCCAAAGAUUAGGUCAUUAAGGCAUUUGAGACAGGUCCUCGGGGUGGCCGACUUUCGACAGCUAGCGUGGCACGUGCUCAUGGGAAAUCAGGUCAUAUGGAGAGGCGCAGACCCUGGGCUCAUCCAGUCAGCUUUCACAGAGCUUAAGUCUCUGCUCCCGGUGGGCUGUGUGCGCUCCGUGCCGUACAGCCCUCAGUAUGAGGAGGCCUACAAAUGCAACUUUCUGGGCCUCAGCCCCGACGUGCCCAUCCCAGCCCACGUCAGCUCCUCUGAGUUUUCGGUGCUGGUGGACGUCACCUCAGAGAAAAGCUGUCAGGUCUCAGCAGCGGGGGAUGAUGACAUCUGCACCAUGUACCAGUUCAGCCUCAGGAGCGCCAACACACAGCCAACAGACCGGGGUCCAAGUUUACUGAACAAGCUGGAGGUGGCCCUGUCCAAUGAGAACUUGUCCGUGGACGUGGUGUCUCACUGCCUGCUGUGUUUGAAGGAGGAGUGGAUGAAUAAGGUUAAAGUGCUGUUCAAGUUCUCAAAAGUGGACGGCCGUGGGAGGGAGGACACCCAGAAGGUUUUGGCCCUCCUCGGUGCCACAGGUCCCGGCGAGGAAGACAAUGUUAGGCUGCUCAAGUACUGGAUGACUGGACUCAGCAAAACCUAUAAGAGCCAUUUAAUGACGGCGGUCCGCGGAGGGGAGAGGAGCCCCAGCCAGUGACAAAGAGGGGAGGAGCAGACGAAGGGCUGAAGAGAAGGGGCCUGAAUAGAUGGGGGAUUAUGAAGAAAGGAAAGCGAAAGCAAGAAAAUCUGAAUGUUAAACGAAGCAAGUGGGCCCUUUCAGGGGCAUUUUUGUUAAAUAUCUGGGACUUUGAGCUGAGUGAAAGAGGACUGAAUGGAUGACAGGAAUGAUUUUGCUCAUCCAUUAUUGUCUUUCUAAGUAAUGAGAAAUCUAUUGUGUACCUAACUGCGAUGAUUAUCCUGCACAGAUUAACACAUUGAGUCAUUUUGGAUAAUGCACGGGAGCUUUUGUUUUUUGUCAAAGAGAAUUCUUGUUCAUACUAAUAUGUAAAGUUUAACCUAUUACAGAGAGCUUUGCACUUUGUGUACUCGGGCUUGUGUUUUUAAAUGAAAUAAAUUAGUAUCAUCUGGGAUCUUUUUAUUCUACAAUUGGCUCCAUCUUGUGGUGAAGGGGAAGAAAAGAAAAAGGGAGUUGAAAUCAAUUGGAGGAGGAGAUUAGUAUUUCCCAACCAGCUCCCACUCACUUGUUCGAGUGGUUGUCAGCCAGCCAGUCCCACGUGGUGUAAGACAACACUUUUCAGGGUUUUUUUUGUGUCUUGAAAUGUACAAAAUGGUUGCAUAACGAGGUCCAGCUCCAAAACGGCCGACCACAUCAGCAGGAUUUUUGGCCUCUUAAUGAGCAAGUCGCAGACGGACCAACUGUGCAUUUUUCCAUUCCGGUUAUUUGAGCCUGUUGCUUUGCUGAAGUUUGCAGACUUCGGUCAAUAAAAUUUAACAGCAUACGGCUUUGUUUAAAUCUCGAGGG